AUGAAGAAGAGCAAAGAUGACAUUGCCGGUAUUGCAGGUCGUCACUCUACCAUUCGAUAUGAUACUGAAAGACAGUUGCGUCAGUUGAGUAAGAGCGAACUUAUAGAAAUAUGCUUUCAAUUGGGUGUACCUAUGGGAAGAAGAAUGGAUACACCUGAACAAAUGAUCAACGAAAUAUUGCUCGCUCAUGUAAAGAAACAGUUUCCAAUCAUCAAGACAAAAGAUCAAUUGCACAACAAGAUGGAUGAUUACAAUCGUGGUGCAUUAGAGUAUACUCUACCGUGGCCAAUCAUUCAGCGUAUAUUGACUCUUGCCAGUCACCAUCACACUCGAUGUACUUGUGUCAACAGCGAUGCAUUGUUUAGAACCCAUGAAACUCGAUCGAGACCAUUGACCUAUCAUAGUGAUUUUGAUCCACAACAUCAAUCGGUACUUCAUGUCAACAUGGUGCUUCAAAGCGAGAUGAAACAUAACUCUCUUACUCGAGAUCAACUGUGUCCUCUUCAUCGAUUCAGUCUUGAUCAAGGUUACCAACCAAACUUUGUUCUCAGCAAGUCAUCGUUUUACCAGGUAUCACGAGAGAGCUGUAUUUGGUUGCACAGCAUGGCACUAUUGUCCAAGAGAGUAUUUUCAUUUAUUUCAACAAAACUCCUCACCGACAUUGUCAUGGACCCAACAGCAGAUACGUGGAGUCAUAUCACCAACAACUAUUGUCUCAUCAAACAACCAAAGACACUGACACUAGUCUCUCCAUCAUCUGACACUCAACUCUUCUUUAUGAGGUCGUCUCACUCCCCCUCAUCCUACUCAUCGGCUAAAGAGUUUUUAAAGAAUGUUGAAAAGAUAUCUAUCAACUGUUUCCAUCUCGUCGAAAAGUCUUCAACCAUCAAAUCAUUGGUUGAUUUGACACCAUCUCUUCGAUCGAUCAUUUUCAAUUGUGAAAUCGGUGAAUCAGUGUUGAUUGAUCUCUUUAACGGUCCACUGAAAACGAUACCAUCAAUCUACCUUGCAAAAAAGAAUACCAGUGAGAUUUAUCAUACUAUAGAGAGUGAGAACGCAUUCAAAAUUGGCAACCUUAUUCAGACGACAUCAUCAUCGUCAUGUCUAACAAAGAUUAUUCUUCCCCAUUCCUUUGAUUGGAAUUGCCUCAGAAAAGAAUUCAAACAAAAUCUUCAAGUCAUUUCACUUUGGCCAGAGAUCAACUUGGAUCCAAUCGACUUUCCAAGCCUUCGACACAUCCACGCCAACAAUCGUGACUAUGACACAGUUGUCAGCAUUCCAAACCAAGUGCGUAAAGUGACCUAUCUCAAAACCCUAUAUUCAAAAUCCAUUGUUCCACUUGUAAACCUAAAUAUCUCAACGAUAAGAACGACUUUGAUGCAUGGAACAGACACUCCAAGUUACGACAAGAUAGCAUCUCUAAAAAAGUUGAUCUUCUUCUCGCCAACAGAUGUUCGCCAAAAGGACGUAGACUAUUACAAUAGUAUGGGAUUUGAUUAUUUUGGUUCAUCAUUCUCGGUACAAUCAAACACAAAGAAAUUAGUAUACAUUAAAGAACAACUUUGCAUUGCAACUUGCCAAAAUAUCUAUUACAAAUAUAAUAAUAAGAACACAUCACCAUUGUCAUCAUCCUCUUCGUCAUCAUCAUCAUUAUCAUCACCAUUUUCAUCGCCAUUAACAUCAUCAGACUAUUCAAUGAUACCAAAAUCAAUGGUACAUAAAAUAAUUGGAAUGACAUGGAAAUUAAGAGAACGUUGUUCAUGUGUUUAUGAAAAAGAAACAAUCCAAAAAUGGGUUGCCAUUGGACAUGAUAUUUUUCAAGAUGAAAAAGAAGUAGAGAGAUUCAACCAAAUGAAGAAUAAUUGUCCAACUCAUUUCUCACACACUCAACCAUACCAACCACUAUCAUUUGAUUUGAAAGGUAGUAAUCGAUCUAAAUUACAAUUGACACUCAUCAACAAAGAUAUAUUAGAUUAUAUCACCAAGAAUUGUUUCUCAAUUGUCGACUUGGGUCGAUAUAAUAUGGUCUCUGACACUAAACACGUCAUAAAUCCAUAUUGUGUUGGUUUCAAACAUUUUACAACUAUAAAAUGUUAUGAAGGUGUAAUCCCAGAUAUCCUCCUACAUUUCAAAGACAAUCUUGCAAACAUUACAAAGAUGGUACUCUUGGACGGACAAUAUCUACAAGACAUAAUCGGAUUAUUACCCAACCUCACUACGAUUGAUAUAUCGAAAAAUCUCCAUGGAAGUCAUCUUGCAUUCGAUAUAUCAAAUCUUUGUAAGCUUAAACACCUAACAGAAUUGGAUAUAGUUGGUAUUAAUAAUAUAGUGGUCAAUGAUUCUUCUUCUACAUUGGAGAAAGAAAUAAUAGACAUGCCUCUCAAAAAACUAUGCCUUCCAACCAAGUAUAUUUCCACAUACCAUCUACUCUCUCAACGAUUGAAACAAUCAAUCACCAAGAUUUCAGUUGACACCAACUAUAUCGAUCCGGACGGAUAUCUACAAGAAUUCCCAAAUCUCAAUCAUAUUGUGGUUAUAAACAAUAGGGCUGAUUUCUCUAAAUGGAAAUUACCAAAAACUAUCACAAAGGUUACAUCAUUUUAUUCUGACAUUGAUUUUCUUGCUGUACACAAACAUAUCAGAAAAUUCAAACUCAAAUUUCCAUCAUACAAAGAUGGAGGGUUUGACCGAUUUAUCAGAAAACUAUCACUGCCACACUAUUCUCAUGUCCAAACCUUUGUUUGUGGCUACAGCCCUCCUUUCCAUAUCCCCAAUGAUCUAUUUAAUCAUUAUAAUUAUAGAAUAGAUUAUAGUCGCACUCGUUUGGAUGACACAUUGAUUCAAUAUUUAAAAUUAUCAAGAAUUCAACAACCUCUCAUCGGUAAUUCAUCAUCCUCAUCCAAACUCAAUACCAAUAAUAAUAAUAAUAAUAAUAAUAAUAACAAUAAUAAUAAUAAUAAUAACAAAAACAACAUCAACAACAAAAACAACGAUUUUUGUACCAUUUUGUAA